AUGGAGAGAUCUGAAUUUGAUGGAAUAUGGUUCCUCUCUUCUUUCUCUGCCACCAAGCUUGGCUCGAUUGCUAUUCAAGGUGCUCUGAAAAGGGCCAAUGUUGAUCCAUCACUUGUGGAAAAAGUCUUCUUUGGGAAUGUUAUUAGUGCUAAUGUGGGGCAAGCUCCUACAAGACAAGCAGCCUUAGGAGCAGGAAUACCCAAUUCAGUUGUCUGCACCACUGUCAACAAAGUUUGUGCCUCCGGAAUGAAAGCUGUAAUGCUUGCUGCACAAAGUAUUCAAUUAGGUUUAAACGAUGUUGUUGUCGCUGGUGGUAUGAAAAGCAUGUCUAAUGCACCUAAGUAUUUGAUAGAAGCAAGGCAUUGGAUCAAGAACUUCGCUUUACCAUGGUUGAUGGAGACUUUAAGAAGUUUAAUGGCAAAUGGACACUUGUAA